AUGAAGACGACUCUUUUCCUGGUUUCGGCCCUUGCCGUUGCUGCGGGCGCACAGGCUUCGCACGAUGACGGUGCUGAGGCACGUGUCAACCGUCGGACCUUCGGUAAGCACUACCUCUCCGACGAGAAGUGCUACGGUGCGGCGAUCCCCCCCUGGCUCCAGCACUCGACGCCCGGCUGGUGCAAGGGCAAGCAGCCUUCGCACGGCUCGCUCCCCCCCUGGGAUGGCGGUGACGCUGCCCAAUGCAAGCGCAAGGGAGCCUUUGGUGGUCCCGUCUGCAAGGGCGGCAACCCUCCUGGCCACAUCCCUUCCGGCUGCAAGCCUCCCACGCACUACCCUGGCCACGGCGGCCACGGUGGUCACGGCGGUCACAAGCCCGGUCACGGUGGUCACCAUCACAGCACGACCAAGGCGACCUCUACUGAGUCGUGCAGCACGGAGCCCACCCCGACGACGACGAGCACCACGUCGGCCCCUACCUCGACCGGUGCUCCCGAGCCCAUCUGCACCGGCCCCAGCAGCGAGUACCAGCUCGUCUUCGAGGACUACGAGACCACGGCCACGACCGGAGUCUACACUGGCAAGAAGGUCGGCGCUGCCACCCAGGACAACGACAACUACCUCACCUACGGUCUCACCGACACCAUCGAGGAGUGCCUCGAGCUCUGCGACCAGGUCAACGGCUGCGUUUUUGUCAACACAUAUCACGACCAAUACGACGGCUCGUACGACGACCUUCCCGAGUCGGCGCAGAAGAAGUACGACCCCUCCAAGCUCACCUGCGCCCUCUUCAAGGCCUGCGAGGACCCCGACAAGGCCAAUGACAACUGGGGAGGCCAGAACGACCCGAAUUACAUCACGGAGAGCAACGGCUACUGCAAGAGCUCCAACUGCCCGGUCAAGAGCGCUUAA